AUGGAUUUUCGCAACGAAAACGUUGACAUGAGCCACAGUUCGCGUCGCAGGAGGCGCAGGACGCCCCGCCCGAACCAACCGCCAAAUAAUGAGUCUCCACAACUCAUUAAUAACACUGUGUCUGUGGACGCUCCGCAGGACCAGGCCCUCUCUCAACAUCUGCUCAGACAGAACCAAGAGCUGAAGCUACAGUUGGAGAGGGAACAGCAGAGGAACCAGGCCUCCCAGGAAGAGCUUCUCACACAGAUAGAGAACCUCAAACUGGAUGUAGAGCGGGAUCCAGGCGAGAUUUGGGCCUUCAAAUCUCGCCACCAGGCUCAGUGCGAGCACUGGAUGGAGUACAUGGAGAAUCAGCACAAGAAUGAGCUGGAAGCCAAAGACAAUGUCAUCAGGAGUUUAGAGGAUAGGGCUGAGGAUGCUUUUCGUGACCAGAUGCAGGAGGCCAAGGAAGCUGUGGAGGACAAGAUACGCGAUCUGUCUGAAAUAAACGCCAGGCUCGAAACCAUACUGGACCGUAAAGACAAGAGAGCACAGAGACUCCUGGAUGCAAUCUCUGAGACGUCCCGACAGAAGGCCGCUCUGAGGAACCAGAUCACAGCUCUGCAACAGGAGCUGCAGCAGGAGCAGCAGGAGAAGGAGUCACUGAGGAGUCAUGUGACCCAACUCCAGUCAGAUCUGAGUGAGAGAGACCAAGCCACAGUCACAGCCCAGAGACAUGUGGAGCAGUUACAGACAGAGACACAGAAGCUGUCAACAACACUGGACUCUCUCAUGUCUGCCCUGAACCAGGAGAAGAGUCUCACCAGUGAAGCUGAGCACAAACUGCAGGAGAAGGAGAGAGAGACGCACGAGCUGAAGAUCCAAGUGUCCGUCCUAAGAUCUGUCCUGGACCAGGAGAAGCAGGCCACCAGAGAGGCCCAGACCUCCCAGACUGCUCUGCUGCAGCUGGUAGAGGAGCUCAAAGAGAAGCUUCAGACUAAACAGGAGCAGAUACAGGCCUUCAAAGCACAGUGUGAGAAUGUCCAGAAUGAGCACAACAAGGAGCUGGAGGACAAAGAGUGUGAGAUCCAUCAUCUGAAACAACAGAAGGCUUCUGCUUUAGCUGCACAAGUGGAGGAAGCCCGAGAAGCUGUGUGGGCGGAGAUCGCAGACCUGAAAGUUGCCAACUUUGACCUCGAGGAAAAGGUGAUAAAAAGAGACAAUCGAACCCAGGCCCUCCAGGACAACCAGAGGGCCGAAGAAGAGAAAAGUCUGAAAGGUCAGGUGACCGAGCUCAGACAGGUCCUGCGAGAGGAGAAACAAGAGACUGAGAAUUUGUGGAGUGAGGAGGAGGAACAAAAGAGCACUGAUAUGAAAAAUACUACAGAACGUCCUGCCUGCAACAGAGACAUCAAAGAAGUCCUCAAAGAGAAGCUUCAGCAGCUCCACCGAGAUCAGCUGUGUUCAGAGAAACAGAGCCGGCUGAUCCUGGAGCAGCAGGUACAGAAGCUGUCUGAGGACCUGACCUCCUCUCAGGACUACAACACUGCUCUGGAGCUCCAGGUUCAUGAGCUCCAGGACAAAGUCAACGGGCUGCACAAGAAGAAGAAGAGGAGGAAGAGUUGGUGGUGUUUCUAA